AUGGUCGCUUUUGCUCGCGCUGCGCUUCCGCAGUUAUCCGCCAUCGCCCGUCCUGUCUCGCUAUGCCGGCAUAUUCACUCGUCUCCCUUCAGAUCAGCUGUUGCACACCCAGUCACUGCCCAAGGCCCUCCUCCUAAAGCUCCAGAGUUCAAGGAAACCUUAAAAUCGGAUGAUACGGAGCUCCCAGCUUCCGAGGGUGGAGCGUCGCGAUACAAUCUCACUGCUGCGCUGAAGAAGCGGUUUUGGAAGGAUGUCCAUGUGCAUGGAAAGUCAGACGAAUAUCAAGUUCUGCUUGACAAGCGACCCGUCAGAACCCCGGCGAAAGAAGUUCUUACUAUUCCCUCCACAAAGCCUCACCUCGCCCACGCUGUUGCGCUAGAGUGGGAUGUGAUGCCCUCCGCCCAAAGUGCUCUCAAAAGUCACCUUAUCCCCAUGACCUCCCUCGCAGCCCGCGCCACCGAUAUUGCCCGUGAAGAUGCCGAGGGCAAAAAUACCACCAGAAAACAGAUUAUCGCAACUGCCAUGCGUUACCUAGACACUGAUACUCUACUCUGCUGGGAGCCGGAACGACAAAUGCACGUGUUGGAACGGACGACGGCCGACGGAAAGCCCAUCGAGACUCUCCGUCAGAUUCAAACGAGGAUCGCGGGAAACAUCAUGAGCUUCUUGUCUACCAAGGUCUGGCCUGGCCUUGAAAUCAUCCCUAUCCUCGACACCAAUAGCAUCCUUCCUCUCUCUCAGCCGAAGGGUACGAAAGACAGUAUCUGCAUCUGGGUUUCGGAACUGUCUGCGUAUGACUUGGCCGGUCUUGAGCGGGCAAUCCUUGCUUCCAAGAGUCUUCUCAUCGCGGUCCGCCUGGUGGUGGAAUGGAGUGAGAACUUCCGCCACAUUCAGCGACCCGAGACAAAGAAGUUCGGUAUCGAGGAGGCCGCUGAGGCGUCGAGUCUGGAGGUGACCUGGCAGACUAAUAUGUGGGGUGAGGUUGAGGAUACCCACGAUGUUGGUAAGGAAGACUUGAAGCGACAAUUGGGCAGUGUUGUGAUCUUGAUAUUGGAUAUCCGGUUUAAAAGGAUGUCUGAUAAACCUGAAGGGCACAAACGCUCUCGAAGCGCAAUAGCACUUGCCCUCCUCCAUCGCGACAAGUCCAAGGGCGAAGACAAAGACCCCGACAACGGAGACAACAACUCAGUCACAUCUACCUCCUCGAACCCCGGCUUGUUGAAACACACCCGCAGCAGCAGCCGCCACAGCCGUCGCAAACAAGGCCAGGACUCGAGUCCGCCACCGGCCAUUCAAGAAUCCGCCGAGAAUAUGGACACAGUCGAAAACCUGCCUUCCUUGAACCACAUGGAGACUGGCGGCAUGUCGCUUGAGCAGUCUGUUCGCACCUUCCGUCUCUUCGAGAUCUUGCGCAGCGGUGAUACCACGGCCAUCUCGAAGGCCAUUAAGGAUACUAUCGACCCGCAGGGUGUGAGCUACCUCAACGGCACGACUGUCCUCCAUUUGGCUCUGCAGUGCGCCGAGCCCCAGGUUGUGGAAUAUGUGCUGUCCACUGCGGAGGACCUCGAUAUCAACUCACGAGAUCGGGAUGGAAACACGCCACUUCACAUCGCCGCCCAGCUGGGUCGGGGCCCGCUUGUUCGCGAAUUGCUGAACCGACCGUCUAUAAAUGAUUCCAUUGUCAACUAUCGGGGUCAGACGGCUCUCGAUUUGGCCCGUACCCCUGAAAUCUUCCAGCAACUUCAGCUUGCGCGGUCUCUCUUCAUCGAUAGCAAGAACCAGGAAAUCCAGGCUUUGAUUGCAAGCUCUGAUUAUAAGGAGUUGGAGGCUUUGCUCGAGGAACCUCGGGUGGAGGGUAUUAUGGAUGUGAACAGCUACGACCUGGUUACCGACCCGACAACAGCCCAAUCCGGUGGCACCCUUCUACACGAGGGUGCUAGAAAUAAAGAUGCGCAGCUCAUUGAAAUCCUUCUGACACAUGGCGCGGAUCCUUUCCGCCGUGACAAGAAGGGGAAGCUACCGCAGGAUGUUACCAAAGAUGAUAAAACCCGCGCUCUCUUGAAGAGAUCACCGGCUGCUGUUAUUGCUCAGCGUGGUAUUCAGGAAAGGGCUAUUCUCGGAAAUAGUAAUGCUCAAGGCCUUGCUGGGCGUGUUUCGGUUGGCGAUGCCCCGCUUGGGGGCAAGGACGCUCGCGAGAUGAGAGGCUAUCUCAAGAAAUGGACGAAUUACACCACGGGGUACAAGUUGCGCUGGUUCGUUCUGGAGGAUGGAGUUCUGAGUUAUUAUAAGCACCAGGAUGAUGCAGGCUCUGCCUGUCGCGGUGCGAUCAACAUGAAGAUUGCUAGACUUAGCAUGGAUGCGCAGGAUAAGACGCGCUUUGAAAUUCACGGCAAGUCGUCGGUCAAAUACCACCUCAAGGCCAACCAUGUCGUGGAGGCAAAACGCUGGUUCUGGUCUCUCAACAACGCCAUUCAGUGGGCCAAGGAUGAAGCGAAGGAGGAGGAGCGUCAGCGAUCGAAGAAUGCAGAGGUGCUUCGCCAGGCCAAGAUCGAUCAGACAGAAGGACGCCCUGUGGAUACACCAUCGGAGUCUGGCCUUUCUCACAAGCCCAGCACAAAGGGUCUCGCUCCUCCCUCUUUGGGCGGUGGCAGCAGCAGCGGCACAAGGCUCAGCACAUAUGCAUCCCGGACUACCCUGGAUAUUCCAGCUGGAGACGAAGAUAGCUCCGCUUAUGGCGGUUCUUAUGACCAGAUUCUUGCUCCAAAUGACAUGAACAGAGUAAUGAGCCAUGUCACAACUGUGCCGGACGGAGAGGGCGAGGAUGAAGAAUUUGUCGACUAUGGUUCAAGCCACGAAAAUGAGAUGCCAGCCGCUGAUAAAGAUGCUCUCAAUAUCACCGCACAAUCUGCAAAGCUUCAGUUAGAUCUUCUUGCAAAUGUGGCUGCCUCGAUACAGACCGAGAAAUCCAAGCAUCCGGAAAUGACCAUCUCGGAUCCAGCCCUCGAAGAGGCUCUCGGUGCUUACGAAGCUGCAGUCAGCAGCCUCAAAGGUUUGGUGCAGAAUCUGCUCAAGAUCUCACGAGACCGAGACUCUUAUUGGCAAUCUCGUCUCAGUAGAGAGGAGUCCAUUCGUCAGAUGUGGGAAGAAAGCAUGGCUCGCGUGGCCCGCGAGCACGAGGAGCUACAAUCCAAGAUGGGCGAGUCUGAGGAGAAGCGGAAGCGGACCAAGCGGGCUCUGAAGGAAGCCCUGGAGAGCGCAACAGGCAGUAGCCGUUCUAUCGCCGGUGCUCAACCCAGUUUGCCAACAGAGAACCAGGAUCUUGAGGUUAGCCAAACUGAAGGUGGGGUUGCCGAGACGAUGGAUGAAGCAGACCAGGCUACGCAGCAACUAUCUACGAAACCCGCGCCCACUCGCAAUCCGUCGACCUAUUCCAAGCUCAGUAGUCUCUGUGAUUCAGAAUCGGACGGAGAAGAAUUCUUUGAUGCUAUUGAUGCCGGUGAAAUCGAGGUAGAGGAUUUUAAUAACGCCAAGGAGAACAAGGUGGAACAACCUAAAGAUGAAAGUGCUGAACUUCGGGCUGUGAAGAGUACCAUCAUUGCACCGUCCUUUAAGGGUUAUGAAGAUCCCGUUAGAGAGCGACUUAAGAUGGAUGCUGAUGAUCGGCCAAAGAUCUCUUUGUGGAGUAUUCUGAAAUCUAUGAUUGGAAAGGAUAUGACGAAGAUGACGCUCCCCGUGUCCUUCAACGAACCAACUUCACUGCUUCAGCGAGUGGCUGAGGAUCUUGAAUAUACUGACCUCCUUGACAUCGCCGCUGGUCGGUCCGAUUCAAUGGAACGCCUGGUCUACGUCGCCACGUACGCCGCAAGUGAGUAUGCCUCGACCAUUGGCCGUGUCGCAAAGCCCUUUAACCCCCUUUUGGGUGAAACCUUCGAGUACGUGCGUCCGGACAAGGGCUAUCGAUUCUUUGUGGAGCAAGUCAGCCACCACCCACCGAUUGGAGCUGCGUGGGCCGAGUCGCCCAAAUGGGACUACUGGGGUGAAUCCUCCCUCAAGUCCAAGUUCUACGGCAAAUCCUUCGACAUCAACCUUCUGGGCACAUGGUUCCUGAAGCUGCGACCUUCCUCCGGCGGGGAGGAACUUUACACCUGGAAGAAAGUGACCUCGUCAGUUAUCGGCAUCAUCACUGGUAACCCCACAGUGGACAACUACGGUAUGAUGGAAAUCAAGAACUGGACCACCGGCGAAGUCUGCUACCUCGACUUCAAGCCCCGUGGCUGGAAGGCCUCAUCGGCCUAUCAGGUAACAGGGAAGGUCGUCGACAGCGAAGGCUCCCCCAAGUGGAGCAUCGGUGGCCGCUGGAACGACAAGAUCUACGCGCGCCACACCCCCGGCUUUGAGGCACCUGUCUCCGGCCAGGAUCCCGAGUCUGCCAAGACCUUCUUGGUCUGGCAGGCUCAUGCUCGUCCUACCGGUAUACCUUUCAACUUGACUCCGUUCGUCAUCACGCUCAACGCCCUCCCUGAGGGUCUGAAAGAGUGGUUACCUCCCACCGAUACCAGACUGCGACCUGAUCAGCGGGCUAUGGAAGAUGGUGAAUAUACUUUGGCUGCUGAUGAGAAGCACCGUGUCGAAGAGAAGCAGCGUGCUAAGCGCAGAGAUCGCGAUACCAACGGCGAUGUCUACGCACCGCAAUGGUUCGCCCGUGACAAGUGUCCUGUUACUGGAGAGGAGUUCUGGGCUCAUAAUGGAAAAUACUGGGAGUCCAGAGAAGUGCAUGAUUGGAGUCGAUCCGAGGAUAUCUUCUGA